CCUUGAAUUCUCUUCACAGAUAAAGGAAACUCACGUCUCUGUCUCUGCCUCUUUCUGUUUCAUGCCCAAAAUGAUCUGCAUUUUCUAAGUUCUCUCUCUCAAACCCACACUCUCUCUUUCUACAAUGGAGAACGGUCUACACGAAGAUCUAUCUGAUUCAACCCAGCGACCCUCCAACUCCGACAAUGAACGGGGAAUCUAUUUCGUACCUUUCAGGUGGUGGAAGGAUGCGCAAGAUUCAUCGAUAUCAGAUGAAUCCGAUGGGAAUAGAGGGGUUCUGUACAAGGGAACUUCAGGUUCUUCCUAUGCGGGUCCUAUGAAGCUCAUCAACAACAUAUUCAACUCGGAUCUUGUAUUGAAUUUGAGGAGAGAAGAGGAAUCUUUGCCCAACGGUGAAAAUGACGAAGUAGGUGUCUCAGGACGAGACUUUGCAUUGGUCUCGGGGGAAAUGUGGUUGAAGGCACUCAAAUGGCAUAGUGAUGCCAAAGUUGCAUCCAAGUGUGGCAAAACCAUUUCUGCUGCAGGAGAUGAUAUGUCGGAUGUCUACCCUUUACAACUGAGGCUUUCUGUGCAGCGGGAAGUGAAUUCGUUAGGUGUAAAAAUUAGCAAAAAGGACAAUUCAACCGAGCUUUUCAGAAGAGCCUGCAAGAUUUUCAGUGCUGAUUCUGAGAUGUUACACAUCUGGGACUUUUCUGGGCAAACAACCCAAUUUUUUAUGAACGACAAAAGCAAAUUCCCAAAAGACUGUCAGCGGCUGUUGGAUCAGGAGAUUCUCCUGGAGUUACAAGUUUAUGGGCUAUCUGAUAACAUGAAAUGCAGAGAAGGGAAAAAGGAUGAUGCUGCUUUACAAAUUUCUAAUGGGACACAUUCUUCUGGAACAUCAUUUAUGGUGAAUGGAAGUGCUGGCAACAUCAGCAAUGGUUUUUUUCGUAGUAAUUCUUCAGCUUCCUUUGGAAAAUCUGGAGAAGCUGGCUCUUUGGGAUUGACAGGAUUGCAGAAUCUUGGAAAUACUUGUUUCAUGAAUAGUGCCAUUCAGUGCUUAGCACAUACACCAAAGCUUGUAGACUAUUUUCUUGGAGAUUAUGGUAGAGAAAUAAAUCAUGACAACCCAUUGGGCAUGGAUGGUGAGAUUGCCUUAGCUUUUGGGGAUUUGUUAAGGAAAUUAUGGGCUCCUGGAGCAAGUCCAGUUGCACCAAGAAUGUUCAAGUCAAAGCUUGCUCGAUUUGCGCCUCAAUUCAGUGGCUUUAAUCAACAUGAUUCUCAGGAGCUCCUUGCUUUCUUGUUGGAUGGACUUCAUGAGGAUCUCAAUCGUGUAAAAUGUAAACCUUAUGUAGAAGCCAAGGAUGGAGAUAGUAGACCAGAUGAAGAAGUUGCUGAUGAGUAUUGGCGGAAUCAUGUGGCUCGCAAUGACUCUAUUAUUGUCGAUGUCUGCCAAGGUCAAUAUAAAUCAACAUUAGUUUGUCCUGUUUGUAAGAAGGUAUCUGUUACAUUUGAUCCAUUCAUGUACUUAUCGCUACCUCUACCUUCAACGAAUAGACGGACUAUGACUUUGACAGUUGUGAGUGCUGAUGGAAGUAGUCAGCCAUCUCCAUAUACCAUUUCUGUGCCAAAGCAUGGAAAAUGUGAAGAUCUUAAUAAGGCUCUAAGCAUUGUUUGUUCUUUAGGGGUUGAUGAGACCCUACUGUUGGCUGAGGUUUACAAUAACCGCAUUAUACGAUAUUUGGAAGAACCAGCUGAUUCCUUAUCAUUAAUUAGAGAUGGUGACCGUCUCGUUGCUUAUCGGUUAAAGAAAGAGUUGGACAAUGUGCCUUUGGCUGUGUUUAUGCAUCAGCAUAUGGAGGAGCAGUACAUCCAUGGGAAACUUACUUCAAGUUGGAAAGCAUUUGGAAUUCCACUUCUAGGACCAGUCCAUAAUUUUGUCAUUGGAUCUGACAUCCAUAAUUUAUAUCUAAAGUUGCUUACUCCAUUUCGAUUAGCUGCUGAUGAUACCUUGGGCAGUAGUGAUACCUGUAAGAGCACCGCUGUUGAAGAUGCUACAGGAAUGGAGGAUAACAAUGAUUCUGCUUUAGGAGGAAAUGCAAAUCUCUUCAGUGUAGAAGGGGCCAACUCUCCCUCAGAUUCUGAACUGAAGUUUUAUAUAACUGACGAGAAGGGAACAGUUAAGGACUCCAAGAUCAUAAUAAAUGAGCCAGUCCCAGUAACAGGAAUGCCCAAACGGUUUAAUGUUCUUGUAAGUUGGCCAGAAAAACAGAUUAAGAAAUAUGACACCCGCCUCCUUAGCUCAUUACCCGAGAUUUUCAAGUCUGGCUUUUUUGCAAAGAGACCUCAGGAGUCUGUUUCUCUUUACAAGUGUCUUGAAGCAUUUUUAAAGGAGGAACCUCUUGGACCGGAUGACAUGUGGUUUUGUCCAAGUUGCAAGAAGCAUCGUCAAGCCAGUAAAAAAUUAGAUCUAUGGAGACUGCCAGAGAUUCUGGUUAUUCAUCUAAAAAGGUUCUCUUAUACCCGAUUUAUGAAGAACAAGCUUGAGGCGUAUGUUGACUUCCCUGUUGAUGAUCUAGAUUUGUCAGCUUACAUUUCAUACAAGAAUGGCCAAUCAUCUCAUCGUUACAUGCUUUAUGCUAUCAGUAAUCACUAUGGAAGCAUGGGAGGCGGGCAUUACACUGCUUUUGUCCAUCAUGGGGGUGAUCGCUGGUAUGACUUCGACGAUAGCCAAGUUCAUCCAAUCAGUCAGGACAAGAUAAAGACUUCAGCUGCUUACGUUCUUUUCUACAGAAGAGUUGAAGUUUAACUUGGAGUAGAAUUACCACUUGUUGAGAACCAUGUAGAAGCUAGAUGGUUAGUGAAAUUAUUAACAUUUUCAUCCUAGUCUUAUGAGUAUUGUCUGAGAGGGUAGCAUUCUUUUGUUUUUACCAUUAUUUAGUUCAAGUUAAAUAGUGUUGCCAGCAUGGAUUGAAGGGAAAGGAGGAUUAAAAUAGGCGAAGGAGAUGAUUUUAUCAUAGAAACAAUUCAAGUAAACAUACCAAGAGAGACCUUUCUUAUACCUAUAAACAUAGGUAAGAGAGUUCUGUAAAGGGGGUUGCUUUAAACCCCCCAAGAAACUGUAGUUCUUGCUUACUCGUGUAUAACUCUUGUACAACUACUGAUUGGAAAAUAUUGGAAUUAUUUGACAGGCAAUUUUUUGGUUAUUAAUUACAAAUUGGUUUCAUAAUAA